AUGGAGACGGGAGGUGGAGCACCGUUGACUAAGAGUAGCGAGGCUGUGGAAGGCGACUUCGUGGAAGAUCGUCUUCGGGGAAACGAAGCAUUUCGCCGUGGAAAUUAUGAGGCUGCUGCUAGCUACUAUUCAGAGGCUUUGGAGAAGAUACGAUUAGCGAAAACGGAGCUGCCAACCCAAGACCGUUAUCCCUGGAGUCUUGAGGAGGUGUUGAUCCGCUGCAAUCGAGCACUCGUCUUUCUCAGACUUGCAUCCGCUGCCGCGCUGCCAAACGUUGGCUCGAACCGUUUUGAAGAGGACGCGUGCACCGCGGAGCACGAGUCUGAAGAAGCAACUCCGUGUAGCCUCUGGCAAAGAGCGGCGGAAGACGCUUCGGUGGCUCUGGACCUGAUUACUGACUUUGAGGAUGAAGGUGAGUCAGAAAGGGUCACGGAACUACGCGUCAAAGCACUCUAUAGGCGUAUGGUUGCGAACAAAGGGCAGAAUAACUUCGCGGAUGCCGCCAAAGAUGCCGAAGCGCUAGCUAAGAUUCGGCCUGAGUACCGCUCGGAGGCGGAACUUCUCGCGCAGCGUGCAGCUGCUGAGAGCGAGAGGGCAAAGCAGGAGGCAUUACAGAAACUCAAAGAGGUCGGCAACUCGUUUCUCUCUCUCUUCGGCGUUUCGAUCGAUAAUUUUCAGACAAAGCGCAACCCUGAUGGGACCUAUUCAGUCAGUUACUGCCCGAAAAGCUGA